GUUUUCAAAUUCAAAACCAAAUGCACCCGCUGCCCAACAUGUAGAUGUUGACUUUACCUCCAUUGUUUUUUCUCCGUUCUAUAAAACUACAAAUUCCCAUGGUGAACUUUACUCCCCAUAUUUUUGUGUUUCCAUCAUUGACAUCAACUUUGAAUUCUUCUCCUCUUUUGAACCAAACAUCUUCGACUGAGCAUUCCUUUCUCAUUGCUUUGUUUUUAAUAUUUUGAGAGAUAGUAUUAGGUGUAGUUCUCUGCUGUUUCAUUGGAUAUCAUUAUCAUCAGGAUUUAAUAAAUUCAACCCAUUUCCAGAAACUCGAUCGAGAUUGUAUUUCUUGAUUCAACUUUUGCCCCAUCUUUCUUUUGCUUAGACCAUGUCUACCUUAAGCAAGAAUCCUAGCAGCAACAUGGGUUCUCCUUUCUUCCAUGAAUUCAAGAAACAAGCAUCUUUCUUCCUCAAGGAGAAGAUCAAAACAGCUCGUUUAGCUUUAACUGAUGUUACUCCUGCUCAGCUAUUGACUGAAGAAGCUACAAAUGGGAAUACAUGGACACCAGACACACGGACGCUGGGUUCGAUUUCAAGGGCUGCUUUUGAAUUAGAUGAUUACUGGAGAAUUGUAGACAUUUUACACAAGAAGUUGGCGAAAUUCGAAAGAAAGAAUUGGAGAAUCUCUUACAAUUCUCUGAUAGUUCUUGAACAUUUGAUGACUCAUGGACCAGAGAGUACUGCAGAGGAGUUUCAGGGUGAUAAAGAUGUUAUUGUAAAGAUGGAAGGCUUUCAAUACAUAGACGAGAAAGGGUUCAAUUGGGGGUUAGCUGUUAGAAAGAAAUCAGAGAGAAUACUGAAGCUGCUUGAGAAAGGACCUGUUUUGAAAGAAGAGAGAAACCGAGCUCGGAAGCUAACAAGAGGGAUUCAAGGCUUUGGGAGUUUCUGCCAGAGGGCUUCUUCAAGUCAAGGCAUUUUGCAGGAAUCAUCACAUGUAACAUAUGGAAGAAGUAAUUCAGACUUUAACGAUCAUGAAAAUCAGGAAAAUCAGCUCCCGCCUACAAAUGUAGGAGGUCCGAUGCAAAGAGUUGAAAAACCGCAGCAGAGCAAUGAGAAUGCAUCCUCUGAGGCUGGCAAGAAACAAGAGAGUUUCAAGUCUUGGAGCAGUUUCAGUGAAGGACAGAUGUUCGAGAAACCUGAACCUCAAACAAGUUUCAAAGAGAACAUGGUCCCUAGCAAGGAAGAAUUUCAUAACUGGAGUGGAACUGGUGAGUCUAAUCCACUUUUGGGGGUUGACAACAAUGAACCGAGGACAGGAACUUUGAUAGAAGAUGAUCACCCUUUCAACAGCUCUGAGAAUCAAACUUCCUCACUGCUCCUUGCAAGAGAUGGCAUUCUGCAAGGAUGUUGAGAGACAGAUUCUCAGGUCGUACAAGGUUUUACCUGAAUUCCUACCACUGAUAGAUUUGUAGUCGAUUAAGCAGUAUGGUUUCUUGCUCUUAUGCUCAAGUAUAGAGGAUUAUGAAACAUGUUAACCUGUUGUUGCAGCUAGAUAAGUAAAUAGAAAUUUAUAUCUUCUUUUUUUGAA